AGUUUCUGAACUCUUAAACCCUAGUGUCUUGACUGGCGCUGCUACAUACAUCACUCCCUCCGCUCUCUCCCAAUCCCAUGGCUCUGCUUUUCAAUUCCAAGCUUCUCCGAUGGAGACUCUCUCUCCAUCCAAACCCUAUCUCCGCCUUCUCCACCGCCGAAGCUCUCUCCGACCACGACCACCCUCCUCUCCCCUCCCCGCAGCCCCAACCCCCACCCAUUGUUCCCCCUCGCGAGCACAAUCUCGAACUCACCAUCUGCAAGAUGAUGUCCAACCGCGCGUGGACCACGCGCCUCCAAAACUCCAUCCGCUCCCUCGUCCCUGAAUUUGACCCUUCCCUUGUCUACAACGUCCUCCACGGCGCCGCCUCGCCGGAGCACGCGCUUCAGUUCUAUCGCUGGGUCGAGCGCGCCGGCCUCUUCACCCACACCCCGGAAACCACCCUCAAGAUCGUCCAAAUCCUCGGCCGAUACUCCAAGCUCAACCACGCGCGCUGUAUCCUCUUCGACGACACGCGCGGCGGCGUCUCACGCGCCGCCGUCACCGAGGACGCCUUCGUCUCCCUCAUUGACAGCUACGGCCGCGCCGGGAUCGUCCAGGAGUCCGUAAAACUUUUUAAGAAAAUGAAGGAGCUCGGCCUGGACCGCACCGUGAAAUCCUACGACGCGCUUUUCAAGGUCAUUCUCCGCCGCGGACGCUACAUGAUGGCGAAGAGGUACUACAACGCGAUGCUCCGCGAGGGCGUGGAUCCCACGCGCCAUACCUUUAAUAUUCUGCUUUGGGGUAUGUUUUUGUCGUUGAGAUUAGACACUGCUGUUAGGUUUUACGAGGAUAUGAAGAGUAGGGGUAUUUUGCCUGAUGUUGUGACUUAUAACACUUUGAUUAAUGGGUAUUUUCGGUUUAAGAAAGUGGAUGAGGCUGAGAAGUUGUUUGUGGAGAUGAAAGGGAGGGAUAUUGUUCCUAAUGUGAUUAGUUUCACCACCAUGUUGAAGGGGUAUGUUGCGGCUGGGCGGAUUGAUGAUGCUUUGAAGGUUUUUGAGGAGAUGAAGGGCUGUGGGGUUAAGCCGAAUGUGGUGACUUUCUCCACACUGUUGCCGGGGCUGUGUGACGCUGAGAAGAUGGCAGAGGCAAGGGAUGUGUUGGGGGAGAUGGUGGAGAGGUACAUUGCGCCAAAGGAUAAUGCUUUGUUUAUGAAGAUGAUGAGUUGCCAGUGUAAGGCUGGGGACUUGGAUGCGGCUGCAGAUGUGCUGAAGGCGAUGGUCAGGCUGAGCAUUCCGACUGAGGCUGGGCAUUAUGGUGUGUUGAUUGAGAGUUUUUGCAAGGCAAAUGUGUAUGACAAGGCGGAGAAGUUGUUGGACAAGUUGAUUGAGAAGGAGAUUGUGUUGCGGCCGCAGAAUGAUUCUGAGAUGGAGCCUAGUGCUUAUAAUUUGAUGAUCGGGUAUUUGUGUGAGCAUGGGCGGACUGGUAAGGCGGAAACUUUUUUCCGCCAGUUGUUGAAAAAGGGGGUGCAGGAUUCAGUUGCUUUUAAUAAUUUGAUUCGAGGGCAUUCGAAGGAAGGCAACCCUGAUUCUGCUUUUGAGAUUAUGAAGAUCAUGGGGAGGAGAGGGGUUGCUAGAGAUGUGGAUUCCUACAGGUUGCUUAUUGAGAGUUACUUGAGAAAAGGGGAGCCGGCUGAUGCUAAAACAGCUUUGGAUGGCAUGCUUGAGAGUGGGCAUCUACCGGAAUCGUCGCUUUAUAGGUCGGUUAUGGAGAGUUUGUUUGAUGAUGGCAGGGUCCAAACUGCUAGCAGAGUAAUGAAGAGUAUGGUGGAGAAGGGGGUGAAGGAGAAUAUGGACUUGGUUUUGAAGAUAUUGGAGGCCCUUCUCCUGAGGGGUCAUGUGGAAGAAGCUCUGGGACGAAUUGAUUUGCUUAUGCAUAAUGGGUGUGAGCCUGAUUUUGACCAUCUUUUAUCUGUUCUUUGUGAGAAAGAAAAGACAAUUGCUGCUCUCAAACUGUUAGAUUUUGUUCUUGAAAGAGACUGUAUCAUAGAUUUUUCAAUCUAUGAUAAGGUUUUAGAUGCUCUCUUAGCAGCAGGGAAGACACUCAAUGCUUAUUCCAUUUUAUGUAAAAUUCUGGAGAAAGGAGGAUCAACAGAUUGGAGCAGCCGUGAUGAGCUGAUCAAGAGCCUUAAUCAGGAGGGGAACACAAAACAAGCAGAUGUUUUGUCAAGAAUGAUCAAGGGAACAGAUGGACGUACCUUAAGGAGAGGAGGAAAGAGAAAAGCUACUGUAUCCACGUAGUUUGCUCUCUCUUCAUUUUCUUUUUUGUGUUUUAGAGGUGAGAGAGGUAUUACUCCUUUUUGUUUUGGUUGUAAUAAGUUACCAUAUGAGUUAGAGAAUUCAUGAAUUGUUCUUUAUUUCAAAUCCAAAUUUGCAACUCCUGUGUUCUGAGUCUUCUGACUGACUCCAACAUUCUUUUUUGUUUUGGAUCAGAGAUUUGUUAUGACACUCAUCACUUGUUUUUUAUUUUUACUUUCUUUUUAUAUUGUUAUCAGUAUACUUCUAUCAUGGUCUCCAUUUAUGUUUUUUAUAUUUAACUCAAUUCUUUCAAAUAAUGUACCUGAGUAAUUGGAACUGAACUGUAGUUUUCAAUCAAACUUUUCUCGAGUUUACAGGAUUUUGAAUCUUUGGAUUUCUCUUAUAUUUUGCUUUUCAAAUCCUGUUUUGCCAUGUUGAAUCCAUCUCGUUACAAGAACUGCUGUCAUCAACCUAUCCUGCUGUGCUGACAAUACAACCUCCGGCCACCUGGCGGUAUUCAUUUUUUAGUCCUGCUUUCUACAGCUACUGGACUUCUGUUUUGCAGGUUCUAUAAACUCAGAAGUUGUUCUGUUCACAAGCUAAGAAAAUCUGGGUGCGGAGAUAAUUGCAUCUUCCAUAAUUUUUGAGAAAUUAGGUACGUCUGAUCCCACAAGUUUCACGAUGCCUUCUGAUCCUGUGUGGAACUAUCGGGGAAACUUGUUAAAAAUGCUGGAAUUGGUAGUCUUCCACAGGUUGGGCUCCUGCCACGCUCACUGGUUGAACAGUGCAACCAACAAGUGGUCCAAACCUCUCUGUUCUUUGUUGUUCUCAGGUGAAACUUACAUCGAUCCCUUACUGAAAACCUCAUGCCAAAACAAAGUCACUAAACUGGAAGGGAACUUCCAUCGCGGAGCAAAACGAAGGAAACUUACAUCAAUCCUGUUCUGAAAACCACAUGUCGGAACAAUUUAGUUAACCAAAGUAGAAGCUUCCAAUGGCUUAUCCAUUGUCAUCAUGGAAGAAUAAUUUUGCAGCUAAGAGCCAACUAAUAGCAUGUCAGCAUACAAUAAUUUCCGGUAAUUGCAUUCUCAGAAGAUGUCUAAAACCCAAAGCAAGGGAUUCAAGUCAUCUUAUGCUAUUCGUAUUGAGAGGUUGCAGAAUAUUUGACGGUUGUGAAGAUAAUAAUGGCAUGUUAAAUUUCCUUUGCGGAUGCUUUUACUGUGCCAGUUCACUCAUUGACUAGGGGUUAGAGUACCUUCUAUAGGUGUUUUUGCAUGCAUGUGGGACUAGCAACUUUUCAUCUCCGUCAAUAGAAUCAGUUAGAUCUCAUGGGCCUCUGGACAAAUAUUCAAACGGACCAAGUGUCAUAAUAGAUAAGGUAGACGAAGUGGCUAAUGGAGUUGCAUCAUUGCUGGUCUUGGAUUCCUUUAGAAUUAGAUAUAUCAGUGGACUUUCUAAUUUCUCAUUUUAGUUGUACAACCACGUAGGACUCUUGUUUCUGCGGAAUACGGAUAUGUUCGUUUUUUCGCAAGUUACAAUAUUUCUUUUUCCCUUUUUCACAAUCGACAGUUAGACAAUUGAACUUAUGACACAUUGCAAGGUUUAUAAUGAACAUGGAAACUCCUAAUGUCCCCUCAAAA